GCCCGAGGCCGACGUAGUCGGCGAAGUUGGCGACGUUGUUUCGCCCUUCGGCGAGAAGCCGGCCGUCGGGUGGUCCUGCGACGAGAAGCUCAGGUUGCUCGACUGCUCACUGGCCCCAUAGCAGAGCUGUCUGAGACGUCGCUGCUCCUCGGAGAGGCGGCCGAUAGACUCCAUCAGAGCCGCCUGGAACCGAUCGGCUUCGCUCAGACUGAAGGACAACAGGCCCGGGCCGCCGUCGCACCGACUGCCCAGGAUCAGGCAGAACUGGCCGGUGUGGAGGCCGAAUCUGCACGUAAACAGACAGACAUGCUCAUGUCACGACGGUCUGGCCCAUCAAACGGUUCAACAUGCAGCAGACAACGGUGCAUCGCCAGGCUUGGAUACGGCCAGCACGACUUUAGAGCUGGAAGUCACUUUAAUUAA